AUGAGUCACAUCCAGAAUAAUCCCAACUACAAUAACAAUCAAGUUUAUAGCAACUAUAAAUACAAUUACAACAACAAUCAAUAUUGCAAAAGCAGCAGUAGCAGCAGCAACAAUAACACCUUCAACUACAAUUAUAACAACAAUUCCAACAACGAUUAUAUGAACAAAUAUAAAAAUUACAACAAUGGCAGUAGCAGUGGCGUCCCAGAUGAAGAAUUAAGAAAAUUUAUGAAAGAAAUUGAAAUCUUGAAAAUGUUAGAUGGGGAACAAUUAAUGAGAUUAGCAAACGAAGAUAUAUAUGAUGAGAGCUUAGUUGUUAUGCGAGAUAUAAAUAAUAUAAAUUCUGGAUUUGGUGAUGCUGCUGGUGCCAAUAACAAAAAUAACAAAAUAAA